AUGGAGCAACCCACAGCCGCCAUCCAAGUCACUCUCUCCCCCAGGGCCAUCUGCCGCAUAAGGAAACUCGUCACCAGAGAAAUCCAUCGCUGCACAAGCGAACUUGAGCUGCUCAUUGCCCGCUACAAUUACGCCCUCAGCUACCUAGACCACGCCAGGGCGAAUCAUCAGAUCAACGACACCGUUUUCCGCGCCGCCGAGGCCGAGUACAAGCGUGAAGGUGGAUCGCUGGUCGAGUUCUACGACUACAGCCAAGGCCGGCCGCUGUUGGCCCUGUUGGUGCGCAAGUGGGGGGAGACCGGGUGGGCGGUUAAGAAGACGGAGGAACGCUUGGGGUCGACUUCGAAGGCGAUCAAAAUAGUGAGGAAGGAUGCAGAUAGAUUGAAGACUAUACUGGAGGACUUGAAGGGGGGGACGGUAGUUCCGGGAGUUGUGGAGGAGGCGGAGACCGAGGUGAGUGGAGAGGGGCUGCCAUCAGCGGAGGGGGAGAAGAUGGUGGAGGCACUUGAGAAGAUGUUUGUGGACAAUGUGGAACCUGCAGGUGAGAAGCAGCUAGUGGAAGAGGAAGCAAAGGUUGCAGUGGAGGCAGAGGUAAUUGAGAAGCAGCCAACUGAAAAGGAGGCGGAGAUUGCAGUGGAGGCGCCAGCAGAGUUGGAGGCAAAGGCUGUCGAGAAGCAGCCGACAGUAGAAGACGAGGAUGCCAGCUGGAGUCUUGUUUAG